AUGCCCAGACCAAGAAAAUCGCGGGUUGCGCCAUCGCAGCCUACGGCGACCAGCUCCUCAGCCACCCCACCUGUUGUCACUAAACCGACUGCCAAAGACCCCAGCAGCGAUAUCUACGAUGUUAGCGACCGAGAAAAGGAACGUGCCAAGCGCACCGCCGCCAUAGCAGCAGCCCAAAAACACAUGACUUCUGACCAGACUAAGGCGCUGGAGAUCCAGAAGGAGAGGCGAGACGAGACCAUGGACCGGCUGGUCAACAUGACUUCAACAACCGGCACAGAGGGCACCGACGAUAACCCUGAUGCUGCGAAUCCCACCCGAAUGAGCCCACGAGCGCCCCGGCGACUAACAGGUGACACCUCCGGCUUGGAACUGGACGACGAUAUGUUUGAUCUCGACGACAGCCUCGAAGACCCUACAAUCACCGCACAAAAUGCCGGUGGCUUCAGAUCCGCCAACACCUCCUUGUUCGAUGUCGGUCUCUUCCAGCGCCACCGUCCACGACAAAACAGUGUAUCAGGCAGAGAGGACGGUCUUGUUAGGCCAAGUAGUAAGGGGCCUGCUACACCGAGCGUCAUGUCUACACUUAAUCUGGGUCUGUUCAAGCGCCGAGCACGUGAGCCCAGUAUCUUGGGCACAGCACAGAAGGGACGACGACAGAGAUCUCAGUCCAUGACCUCGCAGGCGUCGCGAAUCCUCAUGACAGAUGAAGAAGACAACAUGGACGUGGAUCGGGAAGCUGCCAUCGAAGACGACGACUCAGGACCGGAUGGCGAGUCGACACCCCUCGACAGGACGAAGAGACAGUCUGGUGCCUCGGCGCUCACAGGUACAGCCUCCGGCGCUGAUAUCACGAUUCCGGCUUCCAGUGGAGCGAUGCCUGUCGACGACGAAGAACUUACGGAAACCGGGUCUCCAUCCCGGCGCUCCAAGAAACGCAAGUCACUUGAAAGCCACUCCGGUCGAAACAAGCGAGGCAGGUCAUCGGUACAUCAGCAACCGGUCCCGGAACCCGAAGAGGAGGAAAACGAUAUCAUUCAUCAGUCGAUCGAGAUGCGGGACGGAAGCGACAGCCCCAUGUCCUCUCCACUCUCGACACCCGGCGCCUCACCUCUCCUAGAACCCAUGCAUUACACUCCUCCCAGGCAGUCCAGGCCACCCCUCGACCCUAACGACCCGGUGAAUGCGCCACCCGCAAGCGAUUCGUCUUACAACACCCGGCGAGCAGCACCUGUUUACACGGAACGACUUCAGACUCCCGAGUUACUACCAGGCCUGGGCGCCGGGCCAGUGGCAGGAGCCCUGGACGCAGACAUGUCCUCCGAGCUUUCAUCACCACCAUCACUUACACACUCACCAAACUACACAUCCCCGAAUAUCGCUAAAGCCUCAGCAGCCGCAGCUGCAGCCGCAGCAACAAAACAGGCCGCCGGAGCCGCGAAGAAGCGAGAAGAACAGAAGCUAGCAACGGAGACUCUAACAAGCUUGCUGCCCGCCCGACGAAACCACACAAAACACGACAAAAAGCACAAGAAGGGAAAGAACAAGGAGGAUCCUUACGACCUUAGUAGCGACGAGGACUCAUUGUCCUCCUCUGAAGAAGACGAAACAACCGCAGACGGUGACGAACUAUCCUACGUCACCACUGCUGCCGCCAAGAAAAGGAAGGAGAAGGCGCUCGCUGCCGAGAAGCUGAAUCAGAAGGAGAAGGAAAAGGGGAAGCAGAAAAAGAAUAAGCCUCCGUUUGGUACGACAAGCAACGGCAAAGCCGCCGCCGGGAAAUCCAGCAAAUCAGGCUCUUCAGAGCCAAAGCGGACGUACGGCAGAGCGACCGGGAGCUCUGACAAGGAAAACGCUGAUGGCAUUGUUGUUGGUGGCAACGGGGUUAACAAGGAGGAUGGUGAGGAUGAUAAUGAUGAACAGGAACCGGUUUCCGCAAUGGACCUUGACGAGGCUGAGGAGCUGCCGGAAACGACGCAGAUGAUGACGGAGAGACUGGGUGAAGAGCUGCAGAAAGCGGCCAAGAAGUUCAAGGAGGUGGAUAAGUGGGAACUGUCGUUUGAGGAGGUUACGCAGCCGAGUUCGCCUGUUGCGGAUGCUAGGUGA